CCAAACAAACCCUCCCCGCGCCGGCGCCGCCGCCUCCCCCCUCCCCUCCUCCUCCUCCUGCUCGCUGCUCCCACGACACAGCCGCGUACGAGCCCCAGCACCUACCCGUUCGAGGAUGAGCCGCAGCCUCGGGAUCCCCGUGAAGCUGCUGCACGAGGCGGCGGGCCACGUCGUCACGGUCGAGCUCAAGACCGGCGAGGUCUACCGCGGCGCCAUGGUCGAGUGCGAGGACAACUGGAACUGCCAGCUCGACAACAUCACCUUCACGGCAAAGGACGGCAAGGUUUCGCAGCUGGAGCACGUCUUCAUCAGGGGGAGCAGGGUCAGGUUCAUGAUCAUACCCGACAUGCUCAAGAACGCCCCCAUGUUCAAGCGCCUCGAGGCCAGGAUUAGGGGUAAAGGCUCAGCUGUUGGGGUUGGCCGUGGCCGUGCGGUCGCCAUGCGGGCUCGGGCUGCUGCUGGUCGCGGUGGUGGUCCUGUUGGACGGGGCAGUGCACCCCCUGUGAGGAGGUAGAUCUGUCUAAAGGAUCGUGCACACUGUUAUCUGGCGAACCAAGUUUGUGUCUUGGUUAUGAAAACUUUGCUUGGGCAGCCAGGCUUGUAAGGUAGCUUAUGUGUAUCUCUGCAGUAGUUUGUGUUUUACAGAAUGGAUGCGUGACUUUGGUGCCUUUGACUCGUGGUGUAUUGCUCUUGAGCUAGUGUGGUGCUAGGUUUAAGCAUGAUGAGAAGACAAAAUAGUAGAGAUGCAAGUUUCGUUUU